AUGUCUCCCAGAAUCACUAGGUCCUCGGCCCGCCAAGCUGCGAGCCAGGCAGCUCACCAAGCUGGUUCUCUAGCUUCCCCGUCCGCUCCCGGAACUGUAUCUGCUUCCAUCGCACCAGCCUCAACCUCGCAAAGUGACCGAAAGCGAAAAGUAUCCUCCUCCACUAGUCAAGAAAAGCCCCCUACACCUGUUGCGGCACCGCAUCCUAACUCGGGUCGACGGUCCAAGAGACAGAAGAUUUCCGAAUCCCCCUCCAAGGGAACGACGCAGGACACCCUCAACCUUCCUCCUCAAGGAGCUAGGAGGAAGGGUAAGGCUACUGCCGCCAUGGAUGGCAACGGUGAUCAGGCCUCCCCAGCGGAACCCCCCGAGGUCACUGGCCGACCAGUUACUUCCAGCAGAAAAUCAAGUCGCAGCAAAAAGUCCGACUCCACUACUCCCACUUCUGCCAGACGAAGAUCCAGACGUAAUGACGGCAGCAGUGCCGAUCAGGACACCGCAAUGACCGGCACGGAUGAAAACGAUGAACCUGGACCACCUCCGCCACCUCCCGUCGAGAAUCUUGCCGAUGAUAAUGGUCAAGAUCAUGACGAGCAUGGACCUGAAAAUAAUCAAGGCAAAUUAGACAAUCAUGGUGAAGACCAUGAUGAGGAUGAGGAUGAUGAAGACGAAGAAGAUGACGACGAGGACGAGGAAGACCCAUUCGGUGGUUUUGGUGGCUCAGGGGGAGCCGUUGCUGGUCUCUCCAGCACGCUUCGGGCCUUGACAGGCAUGAUGUCCGGUUUGACCGGUCGGCUACGUGAGCUUCUCAACAAUCUGAGAGAGGACGAUCUUUCGGUUCAAGUCAUUGCGCUUCAGGAGCUCUCCGAGAUUCUUCUCGUGUCCAAUGAGGAUAACCUCUCUGGACACUUCUCGCCAGAUUCGUUCGUCAAAGAGCUCGUUCUCUUAAUGAAUAAAGAAGAAAGCCCAGAAGUCAUGCUGCUGGCAUGCCGAUGCCUGGCUAACCUUAUGGAAGCAUUGCCUGCCAGCGUUGCCAACGUGGUCUACGGAGGGGCUGUUCCGGUCUUAUGUCAAAAGCUUUUGGAAAUCUCCUUCAUCGACCUAGCCGAGCAAGCACUGAGUACACUGGAGAAGAUAUCAAUGGAGUAUCCGGCGAAUAUUGUGAGAGAAGGUGGAUUGACCGCGUGCCUGUCGUACCUUGACUUCUUUGCUACAAGCACUCAGAGAACUGCAGUCACCACAGCUGCAAACUGCUGUCGCAACAUCCCUGACGACUCUUUCCCCGUCGUUAAAGACGUCAUGCCUAUCCUUCUCAAUGUCCUCAACAGCAGCGAUCAAAGGGUUGUGGAGCAGGCCUCUCUUUGUGUGUCAGGCAUUGUUGAGAGUUUCAAGUACCAGCCAGCCAAGCUUGAGGAGCUCGUCAGCGUUGAUCUUCUUUGCGCCGUUUUGCGUCUUCUUGUUCCUGGGACGACGAAUCUCAUUGGGUCUGGCAUCCAUACACAGUUUCUUCGAGUCCUGGCUUUUACGGCACGGGCCAGUCCACGACUGUCUGCGGAGCUUUUCAAGCUAAACGUGGUGGAAACUUUAUAUCAAAUCCUGACCGGCGUUUCCCCCCCAAGUGGAACUGAGAACGUUGCCUCCAAACUGGACAGCGUCGUCGUAAUGCAGGCUCUGAUUCACCGUCCGAGGGAGCAAAUCGUGGAGACGCUCAACGUUAUUUGCGAAUUACUACCAAAUCUGCCCCGGAAUGCUGACCCUGCAUUUGGGGACUUCGUUGAGCUUCAUGCUACCACUGAACCCAUUACUCCUUCAUCUGUUGGCGGCAGAAGCCGACGGAGCCCAAACGACAAGCGGCUUGAUCUUUUGGAACAAUGCAAGCCGGAAGUUCGCCGGUUUGCCUUGAUCAUCUUCCCUACUCUUACAGAUGCCUUUUCCAGCACUGUUAAUCUGAGCGUUCGACAGAAGGUGCUUACAGCUCAACUCAAAAUGCUGUCUAAUUUGGAUGAAGAUAUUCUUACAGAAGCUUUGGUUCCUGUCCCCUACGCAUCAUUUCUAGCAUCAAUUCUAUCACAACAAGACCACCCGUCCCUUGUCAUGUUAGGUUUGCAAGCCACAGAGCUUCUCGUAAGCAGGCUUGAGUCCAUUUAUCGGUAUCAACUUUAUCGUGAGGGGGUCAUUCACGAGAUUAACAAGCUGGCAUCCCAAGAGGACCCCUUGGAUUUGAAAAAGGAAGAAACCGAUGACGACAAGGAACAGGGAAGUGAAGACGAGGACGAAAAAGACGAGGGCGAUGGCGAAGAAAAAUCGCAGGACACCACAAAAGAUGAGAUUAACAAUCGUAUGCAGUCUUCAUCUAAUGCUGUAAGCGGCGGUAGUGUUGCAGGCGGAGAGGAGCGUGAGAAAGACGCGGAAGAGGCUGAAGCGGGUGCCGACGACAAUAAUUCUUCUGGUGGCGAAGAUGAAGAUGAUCAUGAUGACGAAGACGCGGACGAUGAUGAAGAAAACGAUGGCGAUCACGUCCCUGGCGAUAUGUCUCCUGCUAGUUCCCGUGGGUCUACCAUGUCGGUGGACAUGGCACCUCAUCGUUAUAUCUCGGAUUUGAAGUCAAUCACAUCUCGGAUUCGGAACGUCGCCAAAAGAUUCCUUGAAACUCAUGAAGGAGGAGAGCAUGCACAAGCCAUGAAAAACAAGGCAAUGCUCAUCCUCAAUGACCUGUCCGACCUGGCUACAGAGCUGGAAACAUACUAUCUGAAACGGACUUCUGCUACGCUCGGAGGAGCGCAAAAGGACAAAGAGCUGUUCGCAAAGCUUGCGUCCUAUUUUGAUACUGACGUUCUUGAAAGUGUUACUAGUGCUGAGCUGUUGGCCUCUGGACUUGUACAGACCUUGCUUGAUAUCUUCAGCAACCCUGACGAGGAACUUGCUCGCACAGCCCAAUCGACCUUCCUUGAAGUCUUUAUGGGCUAUUCACUCAAAUCAAAGCCAAAAACAGCGACGGUAGACUCGCCCGCUACCCCAUUUAGCGUGCUGGUACACAAGAUGCAAGAUUUGCUCAGUAGGUCAGAGCAUUUUGAAGUGCUUACCGUUCAUCACAACAGUUUUGAUGGCAACCGCAGCAGCCCUGCGUCGAUGCUUGGUAAACAGAUCCGACUUCGCCUCGUGGCAGAUGAUGAGUCCAACAUUCCCCGACCCUACAGGAAUAUCAUGGUAUCAAUUCAUGCAAUUGCUACUUUCAAGUCAUUAGACGACUAUCUUCGACCUCGGAUCAGUUUGGCAGAGAGGCCACCGAUUGGCCGCAGAGAUGGACUUUCUAGAGCUCUCGCUGCUGUUGCUGGGAUGGGAGGGCUACAAUUCAGCACCACUGGACCCAGGCUCACUGAAAGAUCACCAUUUGGCUCUGUGCCGCCGCCGCCACCGCCACCACCACCACCUCCUGGGGCUACUGCAACUCCGUCGAGUUCCCGGUACUCACGAAGGUCUAAGAAUCGGUCAAUGCCUCUCUCCAACACCCCGGUGACCCCGCAAGAUCCUUCUGCUGGGCCAUCCCAUGACAAGGGUAUUCUGCGCCGUUCCUCAAGACGUCAAGUAGUAUCAAACGAAGAAACUGCGUUGUCACGACCACCACCAACCGAUGGAGACGACACACAGAACACCCUUGAGUGUGCUGAUGAGAAACAGAUGUCUGAUGAAGAUGACUUGGUUGAUGGUAGCACCCUAGAUGCUAUCGUAGGGGAGCUCGAUGAGGAUAUGGACGGCGCAGAUGCCACCGGAUCUGGGCCGGACCCCUCUGCCGUGAAUCUUGAGGUGGCCACGGGCGGGAAAAUAACUGCAAGAAAGGAUGAUGGAACUAGGGUUCCUACUCCGUCCAGCUCAGCUCUCCACGGCAGUCGCAGUGGUGGGGGCAAUACUGGCGUUUUUGGAGCGCCGCCUCCUCCACCUCCAUCGUCAGGGCAGGGAACUCCGACACCUGCGACAUCACGACCACCCAUGUCGUAUGCUCUGGCUCUCCAAGCAGUACCCCAGGACUGGCAUAUCGAAUUUAGCCUCGACAGCAAAGUAAUACCUAACGAGACCACCAUUUAUCGAGCUGUCCACACAUCGACUUCCAGCUCCGAUGAGCUUGUCAGUCGCAGCAUCUGGUCUGCUACGCAUCCCAUUAAAUUCCGGCGUGUCCCUGGACCAUCUACUGCCGAGCCUGCCACAUUUGGUAGCAACCCAGACAGUGAAGGCGAGACUGUGAAUGGUAUCCCUACAUCUCUAGCGAAGAACCCAACGACGGCCUCUAUCCUGCGGUUGCUUAACAUCUUACAUGAAUUAAAUGCAAACAUCGAGGAUGUCCUGGCCGAGAAUAGGAAUAGUUCUGUCAGCCUCAAUGCGGAGCCUUUGUCCCAGUUUGUCAACACCAAGUUGACGGCCAAGCUGAACAGGCAGCUGGAGGAGCCCCUGAUUGUAGCCAGCAGCUGCCUCCCUGGCUGGUCCGAGGACUUGGCUCGCUUGUAUCCCUUCUUGUUCCCUUUUGAGACGAGACAUCUCUUCCUCCAGUCCACGUCUUUCGGAUACGCCCGAUCGAUGGCAAGGUGGCAGAAUGCGCAGUCUGAAGAUACCCGUCGAGACCGCAAUAAUGACCGGCCAUUUCUUGGUCGACUGCAACGGCAGAAAGUACGGAUCUCGCGACUAAAGAUUCUCGAGUCUGCUCUCAAGGUCAUGGACUUAUAUGGUGCCUCGCAGAGCAUACUGGAAGUUGAGUACUUUGAGGAAGUCGGUACUGGCUUGGGACCAACCCUGGAGUUCUACUCGACGGUAUCCAAGGAAUUCUCCAAGAAGAAGCUCAAGCUGUGGCGUGAAAUGGACUCGGUUGGUUCUGAGGAGUUCGUGACUGGCCAGACUGGGCUAUUUCCUCGUCCUCUGAACCAGGAGGAGCUCUCAGCACCUAAUGGGGAGCGGAUCCUCCACUUGUUCAAGAUGCUUGGCAAGUUUGUUGCUCGAUCAAUGAUUGACUCUCGUAUUAUUGAUAUUCACUUUAAUCCGAUCUUCUUUCGCAUCGGCGAUGCCCCGAGCACAGGCAUCAAGCCGUCUCUCGGCGCCGUCAAAAUAGUUGACCCUGGUCUUGCUCGAUCCUUGAAGACGAUCAAGAAAUUCGCACUGGCCAAGAAGGAAAUUGACGAGGAUCCCAAUCGCACACCUGCGCAGAAAGUAGCAGAUACAGAGUCCAUUGUGAUUGAUAACGUUCGCCUGGAUGAUUUAUGCUUGGAUUUCACCCUACCUGGUUAUCCUAAUAUUGAACUUGAGGAUCACGGAUCUCACAAACGCGUGACUAUCGAGAACGUGGAUAUUUACCUCGAAAAGGUCAUUGAUGUGACUCUCGGAUCUGGUGUGCGUCAGCAAGUCGAUGCUUUCCGAAGCGGCUUUUCACAGGUCUUUCCUUAUUCUGCGCUGAGUGCUUUCACUCCAGAUGAGCUCGUGAGCUUGUUUGGAAAAGUUGAAGAGGAUUGGUCUUUAGAGACUCUUACCGAUUCUAUCAAGGCCGAUCACGGUUUCAACAUGGACAGUCGUAGCGUGAAGAACUUGCUACAAUCCAUGAGCGAGUUUGACGCGCAACAGCGACGCGACUUUCUGCAAUUUACAACGGGUAGCCCCAAGCUUCCAAUUGGAGGCUUCCGAAGCCUGACCCCAAUGUUUACCGUUGUAUGCAAACCAAGCGAGGAACCGUACACGUCUGAUGACUACCUACCCAGUGUCAUGACGUGCGUCAACUACUUGAAGUUGCCCGAUUACACUACGAUUGAGACGAUGAAAAAACAGUUAUACAAGGCAAUGAAGGAGGGUCAAGGCGCCUUUCACUUGUCGUAA